ACGCUCAACCAGGGAGUCGAUGCUUUUAAUUGCGUUUAGUUAUUCGCUAGGAAUUGAAUAUGUCUGGCGAGCGAGCGCACCACAGACAGCGACGGAAUAGCUCAAGUAUGAGCACGGACUCCGCCAACGACUCCCGUUCCUCGUCCCCUGGCAACAAAGUGCGAUUGUCACAAAGAAAAAGACGAGGGCGCUCAACAAAUCGUACUGCCAGCGAGAGCAGCACGCAAAUGAAGGGCUGGCUACUAAAGUGGACAAAUUAUGUGAAGGGCUAUCAGAGACGCUGGUUUGUGCUCUCGAACGGUGUGCUUAGCUACUACCUCGAUCAGUCUGAAGUCCAUCAAGCUGCGCGCGGCUCGAUAACGCUCAAGGCAGCCGUAAUCGAACACGUGGAUCCGUGCACAUUUGCCAUUACGGAUGGCAGCAACCUGCAGAGCUUUCGCAUCAGGGCUGAAACUGAGGUGGAACGAGAAACGUGGAUAACAUCAUUGGAGCUGGCCAAGUGCUCAAAAAUGCAAACUAUUGAUAAAGUUAAUUCAGUUUCUACUGAUGUCCAAAUGAUCAGAUGUCGGCGCACCCGUGUGCCGGACAAACCGAACUACCCGCUCAGCCUUUGGACGCUCAUGAAGAACUGCAUUGGCAAGGAUCUCUCGAAAAUACCCAUGCCCAUUAAUUUCAACGAGCCAAUAUCGAUGCUGCAGCGCCUCGUCGAGGACUAUGAGUACUCCGAUGUGCUAGACAUCGCCGCCAGCUGUAGCGACGAGUGCGAACAGCUGGCCUAUUUGGCAGCCUUCACAGUCUCUGCAUAUGCCACAGCUGAGAGCCGGAUAAACAAACCUUUUAAUCCGCUCCUGGGAGAGACCUACGAAUGCGAUCGCACUGACGAUUUGGGCUGGCGCUGUCUCACCGAGCAAGUGUCGCAUCAUCCGCCAAUUACCGCUUUACAUUGUGAAAGUAAAGAAUGGAUAAGUUGGCAAGAAUUCUCGCUGACGAGCAAGUUUCGAGGCAAAUAUUUGCAGGUAAAUCCAGUUGGCGGUGCCUACGUCUCUUUCCCCACCACAGGGCGGCGUUAUUUCUAUCGCCGUGUGACGACUACUGUGAAUAAUAUAAUCGUAGGUAAGCUGUGGGUGGAUCUGGAGGGUCAAUUAGAGAUCGUUGGCAGCAAUGCAGCAAAGGGUUUCAAAUGCAUCCUCAACUAUAUACCGUACUCAUAUUUUGGCCGUGAGCUGCAGCGCAGCAUCAAAGGCGUGGUGCUCAAUCGCAACAACGAGGCCAAAUGGCUGUUGCGUGGCACGUGGAAUGACAAAAUCGAAAUAGCUCCUGUGCUGCACACCAGUGGGCCGACAAAGAAUCCCAACUACACGGCUGGCGCGUACAAGGUGGCCUGGCAGCGACGCCCAGCUGCACCCGAUUCGGACAGGUACUACAACUUGCCCGUGUUUGCCUGCCAGCUGAACGAGCCGGAGGAGGGCGUUGCGCCCACGGAUUCGCGUCUUCGACCCGAUCAGCGUUACAUGGAGGAAGGCGCGUGGGACGAAGCCAAUCGAGAGAAAUUGCGGCUCGAGGAGAAACAGCGAGCGGUACGAAAACAGCAGGAGCAAAAGGAAAAGCAAGCGAUCGCAGAAGGGCGAUCCUAUCCAGCAUACGAGCCCAUGUGGUUCAAGCGGGAGCGAGUAGAGGGUGGCACUCAAUUUAUGCAUGUCUCUAAGAAUACAUAUUGGCAGGCCAAGGAAGCCCAAGACUGGAGCGGUUGUCCGAAUAUUUUUUAACAGCUGCGUUGUAAAGUAAAUAUCAUCAAUACGAAAUCGAGCCGCAAUAUCUAAUCUUUGACCAAAAAGGUAGCUGACUUUUGUUGUCUUCCGCUAUAAAAAGACAUGAGCAAUCCAACGAUAAAUGUUAUAAAAUUUACUCAAUUUAUUAGUAAAGUAUUAUUUAAAUAAAGAAACUGUUGCCAGACAAAAUCGGUCAUGAACAUUGAGGUACACCUCAACAUGCACGAUAAGGUGUUGUUUAUUGACUCG